UGCGCAUGUUUGCCAAUAUUCGCGUACCGCACGAGACCUUCAUCAAUGUGCUCAAGCGGUAGGAUCGAUCCCGACCAGAAUAUCCCGUCUCGAAACUAUUUGUGAUCAAUUUGGCGUAAUAUGCUCGAGGAUCGGGACUAGAAAGAUAGGUGGAAAGGGAAAAGGAAAACGAAAGCUGGGAACAUGAUCAACGGCCUGAGCGUUGGCGGUGGUCAGCAGGUGGCGCAGGUGACGCCAACAGGUGCUGCAAUUAAAUUGCACUUUGCCUACAACAACAGCAGCAACACAAGCAACAUUAACAGUAGCAGCAACAGCAACAAAAACAACAACAUCUACAGUGGCCUUAAAACAGUGGAGCAAAAAAUGAGCAACAGCAACAAAAAGUCGGGCGAAGUGCUGAAAAUAAUCGAGAAGAUCCGGGAAACAAGUGGAGGAGCAACAGGUGGCCGCCAAGGAUCAGGGAUCAACUAUACGGGAUAUGCAACAGCCAGGGGACUUUCACCUGGCGAACCCAGGAUAAUUUCAAGCGCCCCCCAAGGAUCAGGAUCCGGAUCAGGAUCAGGAAGUUUUCUGGACUACCAAGUGGUGGCCACUGGAUCAGCUACUAGUAUUACUCCCUUUUUUGGAGUUUCCCUGGCUGCCGGAUCCUUGAGAGCAGUUUACAAGGUAGCCGAAGCAGGAAAAAUAUCAGGAAACGCAGGAAAUGGAGGUAUUUCCUCCUUGGGAGCAACUGGACUCCGCUGGCUGCCCAUGCCCAUGCCCGGAAUCAAGGAAUCCAAGCCUUCGAAUGCAGGAGGAGCAGCACCUGGAUCGCCACCUGGUGAAGCGGCCAAAAGUGCCUUAGUCAAUCCACAGCCGCAGCGCACAGAGGACCAAGAAAAUGCCUUUCGACGCAUCGAGGAUGUGCACAACUAUGCCAAGCUGCAGGACUACAGCAGCGACACCGAGGCGGAGGACGAGGAGGAGGAAGAGGAGGAGGAGGAGGAGCUCGACGAAGAGGAGGAGGACGAGGAGGAGCAGGAGAUCCGGGUGCAACUGCCGGUGCAGCAGGAGAUAACUCGCAUUCGUCGCGAGGCCGCCGAAGAGCAUGUGGACGUGGAUGUGGUCACAGUGCCGCAGGAUCAGGAACAGGAUCGUCGUCAUGUACAGGAGCAUCAGCAUCAGCAACAGCAGGAGCAGCUUCAUCAGGAUCCACAGCAGCCGGCGGACAGCAUCCGACCGGAGCACCAUGCCCGCCGCCCCAUGAACGCGUUCCUCAUCUUCUGCAAGCGACACCGCGGCAUUGUCAAGGAGCGCUACAAGACUUUGGAGAACCGUGCCAUCACCAAGAUACUGGGCGACUGGUGGGCCGCCCUUGACGAACAGGAAAAGCAUUGCUUCACGGAUUUGGCGCAGCAGAACAAGGACGCCUUCUUCAAUGCCAAUCCCAACUUCAAGUGGUACAAGCUGCCCGCUCCGCCGCUGCGAACGCUGGCCACGCGUCCCAGCAAUGCGGCUACCGGUCUACCUUUACCCAACGAGGAUCAGCCAGCCAGUCAGCCGCCGACUGCCCUCCAAAUGCAGUGGGCCGAGCGAGGCGAGUUGAUGCCGCGUGCCCUGCUGCGCCGCGACUACUUUAAGCUGGCGGACGAAACGCAAAUGGGCGAACUGAGCUCGCUGUUGCAAGUCCAAGUGCAGGAGAAGGACUACGCCCUGCAGCAGGUGCUCAGCGAGACCAGUCAGUUUCUAUCCGCCCACAUGCCAGGCGGCGGCGGCAAUCCUCCGAAUGGCAACUUGAACGUCAAUAAACGCUCGUUGCCCUCGAGCAACUCGAGCAAUUCCAGCGAGGAGGAGGCCGUCACUGGUGGCUCGCCCAGCAAGAAGGCCAAGUCAUCGCGCUCCUGCAAGGGCAAGAUCUACCAGGAGCUAGUCAACUCGGGCCAACUGGCGGCCGUAGCCAAGAAGAGCAAGGCUCGCUCACCGCCGGCAGGAAAUCUAAUGAUCAGCGGUGGCAACUUUGUGGACAUACCCCUAGAUGCGGGUCCCAAUACGCCGCCCGUUUCGCCACCGGAACGCCAGAACAGAAGUCCGGACUCCAGGCAGAAGCAUCUGCGCAGCGUCUCCGAGUCCAGCAACGGUGGUUUCUUCGAUCUCGAGGAGAAGAUCAAGGAGCUGCCGGCCCUCAGCUUGGAUGCCUACUUGCAGCGCAAGCGUAGCACCAAAAAGAAGAAGAAGUUCAGCGGCAGCAAGAAGCAAAGGAAUUCAAAUAGCACCGGAUCAGUGGCCUCUAAUGCAUCAGCAGCAGCAGCUGUUGUGGCAGCCUCGACAACCAGCGAGCAGCUGGUGAGGAUCAAGCAGCAGCAACAGGCGGUGGGCAGCCAGCGGCGCAAGGCGCGCAAGGAGAGCAUCACGCGGCGCGAUGUCAGCGCCAUCGAGCAGGAGGUGGCCUCCAUUCUGCCGCUGACCAUCAACGGCAGCUACUACUUCAAUCAGAGCAAUGCGCCCGCGAAGGCGGUGACCUCUGUGACCUCGUCGUCGGCCUCGCCGCCGCUGUCCUCGAACUCCUCGUCGUCAUCCUCGUCGCUCUCCUCGCCGGCGGCCUUCGAUGUGACCUCCUCUACCUCAGAUCUACUCAUUCUGGCCGAAGUGGCCGCCAACCGCACUGAAUUCACCAAGUCCAACUAGCGCCAGCAGCAGCAGCAGCAGCACCACCGACACCACCAGCACCACUGGCCGACCAGCAUUACCAAAAACGAUUUACGUAACUUCUCCUUUUCGAUUCUGUUGAAUUAUCCAAAAUAUUCUCUUUUUUUUUUGAAACCUUGGAAGUAGGAAAGUGCAUGCUAAGCAUAUCAACUUUUAUAGCAGGGAAGACGAAAACUUCUUUAUAUUCCGUUUGAGAACUGUAAACUAUUUAAUUAGGUUUUAAA